GUUCGGUCGUUUUUUGCAGGUUGGCAUGGAUUUUUUGAGGUAAACAGUAAACUUCUAGGGCUGAUAUGAACUAUGUGUCGUUUCCCAUCUAAUCUGUAGGCUUUUAUUAUUCAAGCAGCAUUAACUUUACGAUUAAUAUGUCUCCUAAAACGGGGUUUGAUGGGAGGGAAAGCCUUUAACACAGUGUAGAUAGAAAACAAUAACUAUCACAGCUUCCUGCUGUUCUCUUUUUGUGAAAUGUUCACUCGCACAUUUGAUGGAAAUGAAGAGAAAAGGUGCAAAAUUAAGGCCGAGCCCGAACGAAGAGGCUCGGAUAAUACGGGAGGAACAUGAGAGGAGGAGAAAACUGCGAAUCCAACAGGUGAGGGAGCAGCAGCGGAACAUUGCACUGCACAUCCGCCGGGACGUUGAGCAGAGGCGUCAGCGAGAGCUGGAGAAGCUGGGCGAGGAGUUGAGGGAGGACUGGGAGCGACAACAGAGGGAGAAACUCGACACACUGCAGAAGUUAUACCAAGAGAGCCUCCAGCUUCUCGGGCAGGGACACAGGAGUGCUAAAGAAAAUGAACUGGACUUGGCAGCCUUAGCUCGAAAGGAGGAAGAAAAUCAUGCCAAAGCAGCGGAGCGUCAUCGAGAAGCCUUAAAAGAGCUCAAAUCACAGAGGCUUAAAGAUCAUGAGAGGCAAAACAGGUGCAUCAAUACCAGAAAGAAGGCACUGCAGGCGGAAAAAGAAAGAGCAGCUAAAGUGGCCAGUCUCCCACCGCCUCCACCGAACCCCAUUCAGAACAUCGAUGCCAAGAAGCCUCACGUUGUAAAGAAAUCGGAUGUGAGCGCCUUUGCUGCCACACAUUACCACAUGCCUGAAAGCACAGUGGACAGAGAGGAGGAGACAAUCCAGCCUGAUGCCCAUGAGGGAGCUGAGCUGGAGGUGAGGAGACUGCAGGAUUUACAGAGGGAGGAGCAGAGGAGGAGGGAGGAGCAGCUUGAGAAGGCUCGUCUCAGGGGGAAGCAGGCUCUGAGGAAGGAACAUCUUGUGCAGGAUCGUGAGCGCUUGCUUGUUGAACUGGAGCACAUGCAGCAGACAGACCUGCUGAGGAGGAGACAGCAGGUGGCACAUAUGCCUCCUCAGAUCUUCCAGCCUCUCUAUAAAAGGCAGGAGACGAGAGAGGACUUCCAGAGGGAUAUGGAGUUUGCCUUUGAGGACAUGUAUACUGGAGAGAGAAGAGUAAAAGGUGACCUGGUGGUCCAGCUGGUACCCGAGCCUCUGCCUGCUCUGUCCACAGACAGCCAGGACCAAGCGCUGGACGUCACACUGGAUGAAAUCUCUUCACCAGCAGUAGAAAGCUCACAGCAAGAAGCUGCGAGCAGCGAGUAUGGAACAUCUGCACAAGAGGUGCCCUCCAAACGUGCCCCCAGACGGGCGUUAAAAAAACUCCUGGAUCGCAUCAGGGGACAGAGGAACCACUGGGCCGACCAGAACAGUUGCAUCUCUGCAGCCGAUUCACCCCCAGCCAACACUGAUCACAUCCCAGAGCGAGACACCACCAUAGACACCGGAUCUCUGACCAGUGAGGAGAAGGAACACCUGCCCCCCGCAGAGCUCCCUGAGCCUGACAGCUCGCCAUCAGCAAUGGCGACAGCAGAGCCCGCUGCAGCAGAUACUCUACAUCCUGAUGGACUGCUCAACAGAAUCCAAGAGUUUGAAGAAGCACGAAAGAAACGGGAAGAGGAACUAGAGAGGGAGAAGCGGCAGCAGGUGGUGUUGCUCCAGGAGCUGGAGGAGCAGAAAGCCAAAUUGGAGCAGAUGCUGCUUGAGGCCCAGCAGGAGAGAGAACACCUGAAGACUGCUGUGACCGAAGAAGUACCUGUAAACCCACCAGAAGUACUCAUCCAAAGGCAGAAGUUAACCUCUGUCCCCCCUGGCCCAGCCAAUGAGCUUGUUCCUCGUUCAGGUGAAGAUGACCACAGCAGCAGGAUACGAGAGUACCAGCAGCGACUGCUUGAACAAAACAGAACUCACCAGAGAUCAGUGGAAGUCGCUCGCCAGCGCCUGGAGGAAUACCAGCAAGCUCUAAGAAUACGAUACAACAUGACUGCUGCAUCCUUAUCGUCAGCCGUUGUACCUCCAGGUGUCGUUCACCUGCCUCCUCAAAGUGCUCCACCUGUACAUCUUCCAACUCCUCUCCUACUGCCUACGACUCCUGCAGUUUCUGCUUACAUCCACGCUAAACCACAAACCUCUGUGCAAGUUCCCACUAAAGACUCUGACGUUUUGUCCUCUCCUCCGUACCUUACUGGCUCCAGUUUGAGGGUUGGCUCCAGGUUGUUGUCAGAUGAAGGGGAGUCACUUUCAGAAUGUUCUAGUAACCAGAGACCAGAAGUCACCGCCUGGCUGACUGACAACAUAAUGGAGAAAGUAACAAGGCACCUCAGAGAGCGAGAGGGACCCUCCCAGGUCACCACAAAGCCACUACCUUACAAAGCGCUCACAACACACCAAUCAGUCAGCGUCCCACUCCAGCCAACCUCUGAUACCACCACAAGCCAAAGAAUCACAGAGGACGUAACUGCUCGCCUUUUAGGUCGUGAAGAGGUUAAGACAGUCCUCCCCCCGCAGACUGAAUCCCUCAGCUCAAGAGAAGACGACAUGGCGAGGCAGAGACGGGAGCUGCAGGAGGUCCAGAGACGGUUCCUGGAGCAGAGGGAGUUGUUGGCACUGCAGGAGAGACAGCAAGAAGAAGAAGAACGACGCAGACAAGAAGGGGCGAGGGAGCGGAUGAGGCGAGAGAAGGAGACACUGCAGGCUCGGAUUCAAAAUGAUGCAGAGCCACCUUCAGACGCUUCCAGUGAAGUGUCUGUUUCAGACAGCGUCAGCCAGACUCGUCUCAAAAUACUUGCUUCUCUGCUGAGAGCUAUAGAGGAGACGAAUGGAGGAACUUUAUCACACCUAGAAGAAGAUCCUCAGGAGAGAGAACAUCCCCCGUCUAACAAUGAAGAGACGGUCUCUCUGAGUGAUAUUCCUGCUGGACCGUCCUCAGCAUCAGUCCCUUCCCAAGGACUCCUCCUCGCUCCUCCUCGAGCCGCAAAGCCCCCAGUGACCCGCGUCAGGCUGGGGAUCAUGGAGAUGACUGCGCAACAUGAGCUCAGUGCCAUUCAAGAGGUGGAGACACCAGUCGACACCAGUCUAGUAAGAGGCCCAGAGGAAAGCUUGAGGGUUCCUUUAGGCACAGCAGGCUGGGAUCCACGGGAGGAAUCAGAAUCAUCUCUGACAUCUGACAGCAGUUUGCAGACGCCGUCUAUGGCCAGCAGAGGGCAGCAGACCACCGAAAGCCUAACUGGCUCUGGGACGAGCUCCAGGACAUCCAGCUAUCUGGCCUGGAGAGAGAGACUGUUAGGGUCAGGGACAUCUCCUGAAUCCUUAGAGUCUGAUACAGCACCUCGGAUAUUUUCACCGGUUUCCUCCGACUCUGGGAGAGGAGCCGACUACUCUGGUCGUGUAAUCACAAGCUUCAGAUCCCCCACAGAGUCAGCACACAGGCCCCCUGAUUCUGACUGCCUCUCCUCCACCACCAUCUCAACUGGGAGCUACAUCACCUCUGACCCUGAGCAAAACUUAAACACUGAUAAAUCCCUGCCACUCAAGCAUUUUGCGGAUGCAGGGCAAUCACAUUUACUCCACGUCUCCUCUCCAUCCGGCCAAAGCUCAGCAGCAGCUCAUCCCGGUCCAGCUGUAGACUCUCUGUUCAAUGACAGCAGCAUCCAGCGCAUUAUUGACCGAUACACAAAGGAACUUAACAUCUCUCUCAGCACCACUGGGAAAACCACAGACGGUGAAGGCUCAUUCACAGAUGACCCUGGUCCUUCAGUUUCUCAGCAGUCUUUGGUUUGUGUCUCGGAGAGGAGCGGGGAGGAUGGCGGCUCUUCAACUCAUCAGUCUCCUCCCUCAGACAUGGCAACAGAACGGAGGAGUGGCCCGGUCAGUGCAGCACAAUCUAUAAUCAAUCCAAUCCAAGAGCCAUCAUCCAGACAAGACCCGUCACUAGCAGAGGAGCAGGACUCCUUCAGACCUCUGAUUGGCCACCUGGUAGACCAGUCGUCCUGUCUCGCCGCUGACCAUAGAGACUCGACCAUGGAGCAACUGGUUGGUCAACCGUCAGCGCACUCGUCCAUGAUUGGUCAGCCACCGGGGCAGUCGGUGUCAGUGAGCAUGGAUCAGGGUGGAUGGGAUUCAACGCUGAUGCGGAUGAUUGGUCGCCUCUCCCAUCAGUCGAGCUCUCACUGGCUGAGUGGUGGGCAGGACUUCUAUGCCGGCCAGCUGAUUGGCGAGAUGCCUUCGGAGCAGGCGACCACAUGGCUGGAUGAAGGAGGGGAGGAGACUCUGAUGAGACCGCUGGUCGGGGAGCUGGAUGAGUCUGUUGGCCAGCACAGUGGAAGCUCAGGUGAAAGAACUCACGUGGACCUUGGUGUUUCAACUGAAGCCAGCAUGCCGUCGUAUCCAGUUUUACCUUCUGAAGCCUCCACACACAGGGCCUCCCUCCCGAGUGUGACCCCACAUUCACAGGAGCAGACCCCCCAGGACCGAGCCAGUUCAAUCACCCGGAGCCAAGAGAGGUCUGAAGUGUUUCCAGACUCUGACUCGUUCCACCCGUUACUGGCUGAGGUCACCCACAAUGAAACCUCAGACCCCUCCGUGACGUUUCACCAGCCUGGUCAUGAUGGGCCUAACUCACCUGAAGGGCAGCCCGCUAGUGAAGAUCGACGUAUUUCCACACCUUCUGAAGAGUUUGAAACCCACGAUGAUCCUUCUGUUGAGUCUGAAGAGUCACCCGAACGUCUCAGAGCAGAGGAGCCAUCCAGCUGCACGACGGCUUCCCCAGCAGUACAUGAAUCCUUCUCCCAGCUGAUGACUUCCCAGCUCUAUUCCCAUGAAUCUGUCCUUACAGUGUCUCCCAGCAAGAGGACAGAUGUGGAGUUAACGGCUCUGAAUCUGUCACAUUUAAAUAUGUGUGACGAUUCAACUGCAGUGGGUUUGCCACAGCCGGAGGAAGCUGACGCUGACACAAACUGCAUUUCUAACAAGAACAAAUCUUCAGUCCAAGAAUUAGAGUCUGAGCGGAGUUCAAACCUGAGGAAUGUGGCUUCUUUCUCAAAUAUGAUAAUGGAAGCUGCCUGUGAGAAGGGGAUCCUGGAGCAGUCUGAGAUAACCCUGGUGAGUCUGACAGACACAACACUGCAGGACCAAGAGACUACUCUCACUGAUGAAGAGGACAUUUGGGAAGACAGAAAUCCUGAUGGAUGGAAGGAGGAAGGACAGAGAGAACAGAAGACAGAGGUGUCAGAAUCAAUGUUGUUACUGCAUGAGACUCAAGAGGACAAAAACCAAAAGCAUCCAGAGGAGCUCCUGGAGUUUCAGUGGGGUGGUGGUGGUGGAAGCCUGCAGGACGUUAGUCAGCAGAAGCGCAGAGCUCUGAUCCAGAGAUCAUCUCGCAGAGUUGAGGAAAUAAAAGCCAAAGCUGCUCUCGCAAAGAUUCAGCCUAAGAUCCAAGUGCCUUCUAAAGCCAGAGAGCCGUCUAUAGCAAAGGAAUCCCAUCCAGUCUCCCGUAAGGCGAAGACCAACUCAGAGAGUCAACAUAAAGCUAACACUAAUUUAAAUGAAGGACCGGCUGAGCUGCACAGAACCACUGAGACAUCUGGCUUUAAACAUCAGAAAAAGGCCCAGUGCCCCCUUCCAGUGAGGGAUUCCAGGCUGAGAGAGGUGGAGGUGAAGCUCCUCACACCAGAGCAGAGAAAACAAGAUGUUUCUGAGAUGCACCAGAGAACUCAGAGACUGUACGAGCAGCUGGAUGAGGUGAAGCAUCAGAAAGCGAUCAGGAGCAGACAGGAAGCUUAUGCAAAAAACAGACUGAAGGCCAAAGAGUUCCACAAGAAAACUUUACAGAAACUUCGUGCCAAGCAGACGCUGCAGUGAUCGACUUCAAAUGUGUUUUUCUACUUUUUUAGAUUUAAGUUAUUUUGUGAAGUUUCAUCAAUAAAGGUUUUUAAUUUAUUUGUA